AUGGAAAAGAUCAAUCUUCUCGUGAUAGCCUCCAUCUUUGUGGCCAUGUUCUUGGUCACCUUGGACCGCCUCAUCAUUUCCACUGCCAUCCCCCAAAUCACAAACGAAUUCCACUCCACCGGCGAUAUCGGCUGGUACGGCACAGCAUACCUGCUCACCAGCUGUUCCGUCCAGCUGGUGUUUGGCAAGAUCUACACCCUGUUCAGCGUCAAGACGACUCUCCUGGCGACGAUUCUGCUCUUUGAAGCCGGUUCCGCUCUGUGUGCCGCUGCUCCCUCGUCUCUUGUCUUCAUUAUCGGACGAGCUCUGGCCGGUCUAGGCGCCGGGGGGGUUCUCUCGGGUGUUAUGGUGGUCGUCGUCUAUACCAUCCCGUUAAACAAACGCCCUCAAUAUCAAGGCUUCUUCGGCGCCGUCGUGGGCAUCUCCUCCGUCACUGGCCCGUUGAUCGGAGGCGCCUUCACCUCGAAUAUCACCUGGCGAUGGUGUUUCUACCUCAACCUGCCUCUCGGAGGUCUCGUCUUUGUCUUGAUCCUGUUCCUGCUGCAUCUCCCUGAUCGGCCAGAGACGAAGAUCAGCCUGAGAGAGAAGCUGGUGCAGUUGAACGUCUGGGGCCUGCUCGUUCUCCUCCCGGGAGUCGUCUGUUUAUGUCUUGCGCUGCAGUGGUCGUCAGUGGGUUUCUACUAUCUCCUAUCUACCCUUGCUAUCCACACUCUGACUACUCAGUAUCGACGGAUCAUCCUCUCAGUCUUCGCUACUCUCUUGAUUCUCGCCUUCAUCUCCAUCCAGAUCUGGAGACCUGACCAGGCCAUUGUUCCCCCGCGCGUCUUCCUCCAGCGCAGCAUUGUCUCAGGCGUGUGGGUGAGCGCUUGUCUAGGGCAUAUGAUGUUAAUCGUAUACUUCCUCCCCCUCUGGUUUCAAGGCAUCCAAUCCCUGUCUGCAGUACAGAGCGGCAUCCAUCUCCUCCCAACGUUGGUCCCGAUGGUCGCCGCGUCGAUAGUAACAGGCCACCUCGUCUCACGGAUAGGAUACUAUACUCCGUUUCUCAUCGGCGGGACCUGUCUAGCAUCUAUUGGAACCGGUCUCUUCACCACGCUAGACGUGCAGAGUACUCUAUCGCAGUGGGUAGGGUAUCAGAUCCUCUACGGCUUCGGACUGGGGAUGUCCUCGCAGGCUCCGAAUAUGGCCGCCCAGACAGUUCUACAGCGCACGGAGGCUGCGAUGGGGAUCUCGCUGAUGUUCUUUGCCCAGCUGCUUUUCGGCUCUGUCUUCCUUUCCAUAGGAGAGACCGUUCUACAGGACCAGCUGGUUACCAGACUGGGAGAGAUUGCCGGUUUACACAUGGACAUUACCCUCCAGCAGGUUGAGAAUAUGGGCGCAACGGAGUUGAUGCAGAUGAUCCCGGAUGCGUACCGUCAGGAGGCGCUUGUUGCGUAUAAUGACUCUCUGGGGGCGUGUUUCCAGAUUGCCCUCAUUCUUGCCUGUCUCUCUGUUGGAGGGGGGAUCUUUAUGGAGUGGCGGAGUGUGAGAGAAAGAGGUAAAGAGGAGAAAGAGGAAAAUAAGAAAGAGGAGAAAGAGAAAGAGGAGAAAGAGAAAGAGGAGGGUAAAGAGAACAAGACUGUCUGUUGA